AUGGAUUACAUGGACUCAGAAACACAAGAACCAGAUGAUUUACCAUAUCUGGAAACAGAGUACGAUAUGCCUCCUCCACUUGCCGCCGAAUGCAAAAGUUUCAAAUGGAAAAUAGAAGUUAUAGACACUGCUGGGAAAAUUGAAGGCAAAAUGAUAACAUCUAAAGAAGUUUGGAAAAUUCAAAAUAGCAAAGUGAUUGUUCAUUUUGACGAAGUUAGUGGCCAGCCAAUCGGAGAAUCGGGAGGUCUACUAGGGUCAUGGUUAGGUCAACUAAGCAAUGAUGUGAAUUUGUUACCUAUUAACUACAGUGACUGGAGAAUGGUUAAUCCUCACAUAAAAACUAAAGUCUGGGAAGUAAUACAGUCCAAAUUCUGGUUUGAUGAUCCACCGAUGAGAAAAGUGUUUGUGAUGAGUGCAUUAGGUAGCAGAUGCAAAGAUGUCAAACUACGUCUUUGGAAAGAAUACAAGCGAGACAGUCUAAGUGAGACAUUGCUCAAUCGAUCAGAAAAUGUUUCUGAAAAUCAAUGGGGUCAUUUCGUUCACAUGAGAUUCACUGAAAAGUGGAAGAAAAUGCAAGAGAGGAAUACAGAAAGCCAAAAGAAAAAUAUCAUGCCUCAUGUAUGUGGAAGGAAAAGUUUUUCAAGGAAAAGAAAUGAUAUUACAAUCAAGACUGGAAAACGACCAUGUCGAGCAGAGUUUUUUAUCGAGACUCGUACAAAACCUAAUGGAAGCUUUGUAUGUGAAGAAGCAAAAACACGGGCGGAAAAACUUACGACGUUGUUGGGCCAAAAGUCACAUGUGACAAACAAUGAUAUUGCUAGUUUGGAUGAUGAAUAUGCACAAGUUUUUGGCCCAGAGCGUCCAGGACGAGUACGGUGUGUUGGUCGUGGACCUACACCUUCAAAAUUAGUGAACCAUUCACCUGUUACGAGACAAGAGAUAGAGAAUUCAGAAAUGGUUAUUGACCUGAAGUCACAAGUCACAGAAUUAUCAGAUCAAGUCAAGGUAAUGACUACAUUCAUCCAACAAGUAAUUGGUACUUCAACUGGUGAACAUGCAAGAGUAUGA